AUGCCGCACGUGUGGCGUCCGUACCGGCUGCCGCUCUCUAGCACUGUCCAUACAGGUGUCCAUACGGGCUGCUGCGCGAGUGGCAUCCUGUAUGGAAGACUUAACGAUACAGCAAUACUGUUUGCUGGGUUGAAGUCCACAGAUGACUGGAUUCAAGUCUAUGGUUUAAAACAGUUGCAACUCUCAUUUGACGAUCUAAUGAAGAAGGGCAGCAUUGUGGUAAAUCCAAAUGAUCCAACAGAGAGUAUUGAAUUUACUAAGGAGUCUGUUAACUAUUUUGAAUCUGAGUUGCGUAAAACUAUUGCUCUCUACGACAGACGCAUUGAGUGGCUGCUGCAGGACAGCAGAAAGGUAUUUGGUAUGAUCCGUGGGGAUAAAAUUGGAGUUCUGAUUGACACAUCAGAUGUUAAUUGUGGACAAAGACUGCAGGAUUUCCAAAGACAUCUUCUGUCUGUAAUAGAUGAGCAGCUGCGUUACAUGAAGAAUUUAUACUUCCUUUCAUUUGGUACCAAUAUUUCAUUACUUUGGGAGAAGCCAAGAUUUGUCGAUGAGCAGGUUGUAGAUGAGGCAAGGCAAUGGGUGCUAAAACUCAAACCCAGCGGCGGCUGCAAUUUGCUCAAAGCAUUGAAGAAAGCCCUUCCAGUAAAAGAACUGAAUACACUGGUGAUUGUGGUAGGAAGCUGCCCAGAUCAAGCUUCGGAAAUAUUGUCUGAGUAUAUCCAGGAAUGUACCGUGGGGAGACAGCUGUUGGUCCACACAGUCACAUAUGACUGUAGCAAUCAAGUUCCUACUGGUGUGAUAAGAAGCAUAGCAGAAGAUGUGGGAGGCCAUUAUCACUGUUACUCCUCAAAGAGAGAGAAUUGUGACAGCACUGAUAUUCAACUGAUCCUUCAAGAACGCCAGAAGGCCAAGGAGUUGCUCAACAUCAUUAAUGAAAUCUACCAGGGGAGGAUGGGUGACACACUUUUUAACGUAAUGAAAGAAGGUUCCAUGGAGUGUUUGAAGCUUCCCUCUGUCACCUCCCUGCCAAAGCCGCCAAAGCAUGAGUGUCAUCUUGCAAUACAAAUCCCAAACUUUUCGGCCCAAACCUCAGCUGAAUGGUUAAAAAUGAAUGGACUAAAAGCCAGGAAAUUAAGCCUUUAUCAAGUUUUGGCACCCAAUGCUUUCUCCCCUGUGGAAGAAUUUGUGCCUGUCCUUCGGAAAAUGGUAUCGUCCACAUUACAUGAGAAAGCAAUGACCCAGUUUGAAUGGCAUGAUGGGACGAUUAAAAAUAUUCACGUUGAUCCACCCAUACUGUAUGACUAUCAGAAACGGCUUGGCAGACUGGUGAGGAUGUAUGAGAGACGGGUGGACUGGCUCUCCACAGCUAGUAGAAGAAUUUGGGGGACUGUUUGUGAGAAGAGGACUGUCAUACUUAUUGAUGUCUCCAAAACAAAUGCCAUGUACAUCAUUCAUAUCCAACAUUCCCUGCGACUUUUACUCGAGGAGCAGAUGUCGACCAAGGAUUUCUUCAAUAUCAUAGCCUUUGGAAAUGACGAUAAGGCCUGGCAAGCAGAAAUGGUUCCUUCACACCUAGACAACCUACAAAGGGCCUGGAGAUGGGUACUGACCCUUCAGUGUGAAGGCACUAGAAAUCUUAUGACCGCACUUAGAAGAGCUGUGGAGAUAGACUUUAAAGAUAAAGACAAGCAUAAAUCUCAAAGCAUUUACCUGCUUACAACUGGAGUCCCUGACCAAGAGAAGCAUGCCAUCUGUUCUUACCUGGCUGAGGUCUGUGGCGGCUGUGACUUGAAGCUGCAUGUCUGUCUGUUCAGCAUCGAUGGUUUCACCCUUGAUGAUAUCCCGCCACGUUAUGCAAGUCUGAAUGAAACGGCUGCGAUUUGUAAAGAAAUCGCCCAAACUGCCAAUGGUCGGUUUCAUUGGUUUGGAGAAACAGGCAUCUAUGAAAGUGACGAUAUCAGCAUUAUCCUAUCUGAAAUGGAAAAAGCUGUCAGCUUUUCUCACAAGUGUGCCUUACUAGUGGAAACCUUAAGGCAACGUUCAGGAAAUCAUUUGGCUAAUCAGUUGAUGCCUGAAGGAGACCUAACAAUGCUAGAAACACAGAAGAAGAGUAGACCACAGAGGCUGCCAUUUCCAAAGCCAACUGCCCUCACUCUUGCCAGAAUGAACUCCAGAGACCAGCCCGAUGGGGCCAGAAAUAGCACAAUGAAAGCUCUCCUAUGGCGUCCACCAAGUGCCAAAGCGGAAAUUCCUCCAGUACCUUCAAAGGAAAUUUAUCUGACAAGUGGAAAAAAGAAACACAACUUAAAGUCAAAGAAGCGUCCAGAGGUUUCUCUCUCGUUAUUUUAUGCCGACAAAGGAAAAAAAGUAGGCACAGUUUAUAAAAAAUAUUCAAACACAAAAAAUGUGAGGAAGCAGAUUCCUGUUCCUGUUUUGCCAUUUGAAGAAGAGAUAUGCUCCAGUAAAGCGUGGCUGAGCAGAUUCAGUAUAAAGAAAUUGAAGUUAGACUUGCCCAGCCUUGUUUUUGGACCUGAGUGCGUGCAUCAGAAGGAAAUGGUGGCAUCUUUGCACAAGCAAGUCUCAGCAAAAUACUGUGACAUCUUCCCGAGUGUAGAGAUUCAUGGUAUUGUCAAACACCUGCAGAUUCAGCCCAAGGACCUGGAAGUGUAUAUUGAGCAGAUGGAGAGAGUGUUGCGGUGCUAUGUUCGGAGAGUCCAGUGGCUUCUGUCAGGUAGUCGUCGAUUGUUUGGUGUCGUUUUGGAAGCGAAGGUUUGCAUCCUGGUUGAUACAUCUGGUUCCAUGGACCGUUCCUUGCAGGAGGUCACAAAAGAGCUCACCUCCCUUAUCUGGGAACAGCUGAGGAAGAAUAAUGUGAAGUUCAGUCUCAUCAGCUUUGCCGAAGAUGUUGACGUUUGGCAGGAGUGCCUUGUGGAGGCCACAAAUGAAGCAUGCCAUGACGCUGUGCAGUGGCUGUCAACAUUUCACGCUCAUGGGAACACAUCCAUUCUCAAGGCUUUACGGAGAGCUUUCAGCCUUCCGGACGUUCAGGCUUUGUACGUUCUGACUGAUGGAAAACCAGACACCAGCUGCAGUUUGGUCCUGAAAGAAAUUGAAAUUCUUUUGAAGAAACGAGCAAUUAUAAUCCACACUAUUUCGUUUAAUUGCUCAGACAGAGGAGCUAAUGACUUUCUUAAGAAACUGGCCUUCCAGACGGGUGGGCGCUACCAUCGGUGCCAUGGGGAUGUGGACGGACAGAUGGCAGCACAUCGGCUACUAUCAGAAGGCUUUAAGGACGAGGAUGAUCCAGCUUUCCCCUUGUUUGAAGGAGAUGAUUUAAAGAAACUUGUUGAUGAAAUUGCAAGAGCUAGGAGCUAUUUAACACAGGCCAAGUUCUUUAAGUGAGUGGCUAUCUGUUGGCUUUCGGUAAUGGCAAAUUUUCCUAAAACAUGACUCUUUGUUACAAUGGCCACUAAUUCCCUGCUGAUCAAGGAAUUCAUGCAUUACAUGGAUA